AUGAAUGAAAAACAAGAAAUUGUUACCAUUCAAAUUGGUAAUUAUUCCAAUUUCAUUGGGUCCCAUUAUUGGAAUAUUCAAGAAGAAAACUAUCAGUAUUGUAAAAGAGAACAAAUCCCAUUCGAAAUCCAACCUUCAAUGCUUUUUAGAUCAAAUGAUUCAUCAAAUGAAAAUGGUAUUAAAUUUACACCUAGGUUAUUAUUAUUUGAUUUUAAAAACAAUUUUGGGUCGAUGAAUAGCGAAGGUAGAGUUUACAAACAAACAAAUAAUAAUAACAGUAAUAAUAAUGAAUUUUCAUCAAAUCAAAAAGUAACAAAAAUAUUAAAGAAUACCAGUGGAAAACCAAUCGAUAGAAAUAAUUCAGGUAUUGAUAAUUCAAAGGUUGAUUUUGAAUAUUGGUCAGAUUAUUUAAAUAUAGAUUAUAAUGGCAAAGGAUUAAUAUCAAUACCCGAUUCAUUAUUAACAACAAAUUCAGGAAAUAGUAUAAAUAGCAAUAUAAAUGAGUCAGGAGCAAAUGAAUGGAAUGGCUUAUUAUAUGAGGAUGGCAUAGAGUUAUUAGAAUCAAACUAUGAACUUACCGAUCAAUAUCAAGAUACUCUUAGAAAGAUUAUAGAGGAGUGUGAUUGUUUUUCAGGUUUUCAAUGUUUUAUUGACAGUGAUGGAAUAUGGGGUGGAAUUAGUACAUCUGUAUUAUUACAUUUGCAGGACGAGUAUUCAUCAAGGGCCGUUAGCGUAUUCUCAUCAUCUCAAUAUAGUGAAUCAAUAGAUAAUAAACAAGAGGAGGCAAUCGAUGAAAGAAUUUAUAACAAUGCAAGAUUAAUGCAAUCCUUAGUGGGUGAAUCUUCAGAUAGUUUAGCAAAUCUUUUUGUACCCAUUUCAUGCCAAAACUGGUGGUCCUCCAGUAGACAUAGAUUACUUGGUUCGAAUAUACUAAAGACCAAAUAUCAAACAUCAGCAGAGAUUGCAGCUUCAAUUGAUACAUCAACUUUAUAUUAUAGGUCAAAUUAUCAAGAUCAAAAUUUAUCAUCGUUCAUAAAUCAUCUUUCCAGUACAUCUAAUCGAAGAAUAUCAAUUCUUUCAAGUAGUUUCCCAUUAAAUACAGAAAAAAUGGGUUUUAUCUAUAGAUAUCACCAAAACGAACCAAAGUUCCCAAAUGAACCACUAUAUAGACAUUCAAUGAUGAAUUACCUUUCUCCAGUUAUUGAAAAUAUUGACAGUACCCAAUGUAAUCCACUAAAUGAAAUCAUUUCAAUCAGAGGUAUAAAUUUAUUUGGUGACGAACAAAUUCAAAAAAAUGAUUUAUUCCAGUUAGAAAACGACUAUAGCAUCAUUUCAAAUUUAUUUAAAAACUAUUUAGUUAAUAGCUAUAAUAACUUUGGAAAUGGAAAACCAAUCCUAAAUCGUAAUAUAUGUAAUAUAAAUCAACCAUUUAAAAUGAAACAAAAUCAUUUCCCAAUUUUAAUAAAUAGUAAUAAUAAUAACAAUAACAAUAAUAAUAAUAAUAAUAAUAAUACUAAUAAUGGUCACAUUGAAAAUUCAGAUACAAUUAUAACACAUUUACAAAAUUCAAAUUUAAUUUCUUCAUAUUUAAAAAAAAUUUCAGUUGGAUUUAAAGAGAUUACAGAAACAAAAAAAUUAAAAAGAUUAAUAAUCGAUAAAGAUUCAUUUUUAGAAACAUUAGAAGAUUUAAAUUAUUUAUUUGAUGGUUAUAGUGAAUAA